AUAAGAAGAGAAAUGGAGAAAGCCAUUGGUAACUGUGCUCUUCAGCCUACAUCUCCCAAACGAGCUGCCCUCGUGUAUUGACAGUGUUUGACUGACACCCCAGAGGUUGUUGGUGUGGGCCGAAAGAAUCCAGCAGGUGUCGCGACAAGACGAAAAGCGCAAAGAGGAGGGAGUAGGGUGAUAGUGGGUGGGGGUGACUGACAAAUCUGGUACACUUUGUACAUUGAACAUUGAGCGUGUGGGAAUGUGGUUUGGGACCAGUGCUAUUGAUGUCUUUACUUUCGAAUGCACUGCUCGCAAGAUAAGAUAAAAAUUGUGUUUCAAGAAUGCCAAUGGUGUACACACUAAGGAAUUAAACUAGUUUGUUUUAUUGAUUUGAACUGUCGUCCGAGUUAGGUAUACAAAUCUGAAUAAACUGAGUUGGAGUACCGGGUAUAUAAAACUUUGGCUUGUAAAGUGCUCACAAAAAACUGCAACCAUUCCGUCACCAUUUAACAUGACCAGCAGUUCUUUGGGUGGGCUGCCCCCAUCCUAUCCUGGGCUGGAUGAAUCUGCGCUAGCAGAAAAAGCCUCUAAUAAUUCAGAAAACUCGGACGACAGUGGCAUUGUAGAUUACAAGGAUCCAAAGGUGAGGGAUAUAAUUAGUAAUCUCCCCUGUUGUUGCUGUCCUGUAGAUGAGGUCCAUAAAUUGAAUAAACUUAGCAAGAGUGUUGUUGAGCAGAACAGACAGAUGUUAUUAAACCAAAUGUCCUGUGAUGUCACAUUUAUCGUGGGAGAUAAAAAGGAGCCAAUAGGAGCCCACAAGUAUGUGUUGAUGACACGAAGUGUUGUGUUCAAGCACAAGUUUAGUGGAGCAGACGGCAAUAGUUCAGAGGUCAUCAUAAAAGAUAUUCCUGAAGAUUGUUUUUGGGAAAUGUUAAAACACAUCUAUUGUGAGGAGCAGAAAGUUCAUGUAACCAAUGUUGUGGGUCUCCUCUUUGCAGCUGAUCAGUACAACUUGCUGAAACUGAGGCAGAUAUGUUUAGAUUAUCUGCACAAUUGCCUUGAGAUUAACAAUGCCUGCUACUUGUUGAAUGAGACCCACAUCUACGGCUAUCAGGAAGAAGAAAAAAACAUCUUGAGCUAUAUACGAAAGAAUGCUUCUAAAGUAUACAACACAGUAGGCACAUAUCUUUUGACUAGGGACCUCCUCAACCAGAUCCUGACUUUACCUGGUGUGGAAGUGGAGGAGGAUGUUAAAAAGGACGUCUUGACUCGGUGGGCAAAUAAUCAGCGCAAAGAAAACAAGCAAGAGACCAGUGUUGAUAAUUUGAUGGAUUCCCUUCAAGAUUGUCUUUAUGUUUAUCGAGAUGAUUCUCACUGUCAUAGAUACAUCAUGGACAGUCUGACAACAAGUACAAUCUUUGCUGAGCCACCUGACCCCCUACUUCUGCCAGUAAACGAUGCAGCUAGGACAGACGAGAGUGAUGGUAUGUCCACUCUGUCCACACCGACCAGCUUGACCUCAUCAGUACAUACUUACAGCAAGCUUCCUAGUUACAACAAGUGGGCAGAUUUUGAACAGGUCACCAGAUUUCAAGAGCUAUACUCUUCUAGUAUCAACGAUGCCAAACAACCAGAUGCAAUAUCCUUCACUGUGGAUCAUAACAUUUAUCUUUAUGGCUUCAGUAUAUAUGGACCCAAGAAACAGGGGGAAGGACACUAUAAAAUUGAUGCCAUACUCACUCGCAAGAAAAGGGAUAUUGUCAUGGAAACCAUCAGCAUCAAAGGGGCUGGUGUCAUUCUGCCCUGUAUGUUUGAGCGGCCUGUCAAAAUCGAUAAAGGUCUGCCCUACACAUUAGAGUUGUACAUAAAAGGUCCAGAGUCUCACUUGGGGGCCAGUGGACAAUCAGCAGUUCAACAAGGCACUAUACUUUUUACCUUCUUUGAUGCUACCAAAGUGAAGAAAAGCCGCAGCAGUUUGAAACAGGGCCAGAUUCCAAGGUUGUAUUACAUGCCUAGAAAUAAAUGAGUUUGCCUCCCUUGAUGUGAAAACAAUAUCUGUGAACAGUUUUGUGGCAACACUGUUGUGACCUAACCAAAGUGAACAUCAUCCUCGUCAUUGUAGAUAGUUCAGAGCAAUGUUUUGGGGUCAAGGUUAUUUAUUUAUUUAUCUGUUGGUUGAUGUAAUACCUACACAUUUUUUUCUUUUAUGAAAUCCUUUAAAAUUAUAGAAUUAAAAAAAAAUUAUGAUGUGAAUAAUAUUCUAAAAAAGGCAAUAUUAAAUUUUAUGUACAAUGCAUUUUAGCUAAAUAUUGUGAGAAUAUAAUUUGAAGGACAUAUUAAAAAAAAAAAUGACACGUAGGUUCAAUUUGAUAAUUAGAUUUAGACUAUAUUUUAAGUUUUUGCAGUUUUAAUCAAAUUUGCUUUGAAAAAAAUAACUAAAAACAAUUAUUGCUGCUAAUUUAUGCAAAUAAUUCUUUCAAAGUAUAGCUUCAAUAGUUCAACUUGUUAUUAAAGAUUUGAUAAAAUACAGUAAUAUAUUUUGUUCUCAUAUUGAUGACAUCAACCUUGAUGUAAAUAUGUACAUGUUGUUCCAAAAAUGUAAGAUGUUGUUUCUAACUUGUAAAUAGCAAGUUGUUUCUGAACUGGAAGUUCCACAUUAGGAUAUCCAGUGUUUGACCAAUCUAGUCCAUGUAAAGUUGGUGGCGGUGAAACUAUGCAUUCAUUUCUUCUACUUGUAUGCUGAGGAUUUGUUUUGUCUUGGAGACUAACCUCUCACACAAGUGCAUAAAAAUAAAAGUACAUUUGUUGAAGUCAUUAUCACCCUGUACACUUCAAGUAUUUAGAUUUUUAAAAACACAUCUGUUAGAGAAUGUUAGUUUAUAUCUUUUGACUUCCAUUGUAUGAUUUCAUUUUUGAAUGUGUUUUUAAGUGCAUUCCCUCUCUCAUUCCAUAAUUCAAACAUUUUGUUAUCAUAGAAAAACAGCAACAUAGAUCUAGGUUUAUGUUCAGAAGUAAACAAUUUCAGUUUUGUUUUGAUUGCCAAGAAGUGUCUGGAAACACAGGCAGAUUAGUGGAAGUUAUAUUUUUAUGAUUUUUUUUUUUUUUUUAAACUUUGAACUAAAAUGUGAAUUGAAAGCACAAAUAUUUUUUCAAUGUAAAAAUGUGAGUUAAAUCUUCAUUUUUAUUCAUCUCAUAAUUUAGAUCCUUUACAUUUUAUGUAACCAGAGAAGAAAUACACCUUUUUUUUUCUGUCUCACUGUUUAUUUGAGCUUUUCAUUUCUUUUAAAAUCACAUUUGUUCAUAUUUUGAUGAAACAUUUAGAUCAGUUGAUAUUUGUAUUCUGAAGAUGAAUUAGUCUUGAAUUAGUUUUUUUGUUUACAUAACAGUUUUACUAGUUGAUUGAAUUAGAAGAUAUUAGUCAAAAUAUAAUGAACUAUUCACCCUAUUGAGUAGUAGUUCACUUGAGCCUUACUGAUGUACAUACAUAUUUGUGUAACAUAUACUAAAUAAAAGCAGAUCAUUGUUUUCUAAGGUUAGUGAUACCUCACUAUUAAUUAUGAGAUUUGGUGGUUGAAGUUGACUACACAUUGUUGUGUAUGGACAGAAUCAGUUAUAUAGAUAUAAUGUUUUCUUAUUGAAUGAAAUACUUGUUGAGCUGUUUGACCAUGACUUUGGUCUUUGCCUCAGAAUUUCCUGGCCAGUUUUGAAACAUGGUACUAUUCAUUAUUUCCUUGAUAACUUGGUAGAUAUUGGUACUUAUUAUUUAUUGAUCCUAUCUAUCGAGUCAAAGCACUGGAGUUAAUGUACUGGAUAUUUCACCUUUUUAUUUGGUUCUACUAUGUGCGAUGGACUAGUCUCCCUAAACUAUUAAGGCAUUUGUUUAUCAAGUAUAUAUUGUGCUUAUAUUUCUUAAAUAGGAUUUAUUCUAAUUUCUUUAUUCUUAGUAAAACAACAAAAAAGACCCAAUGAUAAUGUAUUAUACUGUAUUACUCUAUGUCCUGAUUUCUGCAGUUUUGUGAAAAUAAGGAAUUUCAGCCAACAUUUUUUUUGCCUUUCAUUUUUCUAGUAUUAUUUAUUUGCCCAGAUUUCUCAGACUUUUAUCAAGCUAUUUUUAAAACUGUUUAAAACUACUUAAUAUUUAAAGAAAACGUGGGCAUUUUAAUUAUCUUUGGUCUAUUUAAAUUUAGAGAUUAUGUUUUUUUUAGUUUCAGUUGACAUGUAUUGCUACCACUUUAUUUAUUCCUAAACUUUUUGUUUAUUGUAUGAGAGAAUGUGUCAUCAGUGACCUUGUAUAGUUCCAAACUUUUGUUUGGCUGUGUUUGUAUAACAUUUCCUACACUGACAACGAUGAUGGCCAGUUUGAAUGACUUGUUCUCUCCUUACAUCCCCCAGCAAAAUGUUUUAUGUGCAGAACAACUUUCAGCAUUCAGGCGUGAGGGAGAGACACAGAAAUUAAUAAACUGAUAUUUCAACUUGUUUCUCUGAUCUUUGGUCCUUUGUUGUGACUUCGACUGUUCUCAAACCAAAAUAAGUUGUGAUUUCAUUACUUCUGGAAUUUAUGAUUAUAAUUUGCUUGUUGUAUUUCAUUUGAAUUAAGGUAUCAGAAACAUUAGCAUGUUGAUCUCCCCUGGACCAAUGUUGACAUGACUUGUUUUGAACUCGUUAUCAAAAGUUGAUGGUGAUAUUAACUAUGUCUUUCUGCUGUAUGAGGCUUGGUGGAUUCUUACAAAACUGCAAAUAUUCAACAGAUAACUUCUUCAUGAGAAAUGUUGUACAAUAUUUAUUUUGUAUAUAAGUUCAGCUUAUCAUAAAAAAAAAAUUUUUUUGAAGCAUUGUUCAUUUUCUAAUUGACCAGCUGAAAAUGUAAUAAAUUUGGUUUCAAAUUCAUCUUUGAUAAUAAUAUCAUUAACAUCUGAGCUACAGUUUCAAUUUGUAAAGAGUCUUUCAGACGAUGUUCAUUGAAUCAAAAUGUGUCUUGUAUAUUUUAACUGUUGAAUCAAUUUUAGUUUCCUUUAGUGGAGUGCUUUAUUUCUUCAAUAUUAAUGACUUAAUGUAUUGAAUGAAUUAUACAAUUUUAAAGCCUUCAUUUGCUGUACAAAUAAAAUCACUUUAAAAUAAAAUAAUGGAAGUCAAUGGAGUACUCAUGCUCAUACUGUACAAACCAAAAAAUAAAAUAAUCAAAUGGAA